CCGCGACCUGAGCGCGUGUGGGCGGGGAGCGCCCCGCGCCGGGAUAAAUAGCGCUGUGCCCCGGCUGACAGCCCGUCCCGGGGCGCGCGGGGCCGGCGGCAGCGCUCGCCCGCCGCCGUGGGACAGGCUUGGGGCUCUCGGCGACUCCGCUCCGCGGCCCCGCUCCUGCCCCGACACGGGUCGUGAUUUUUCUCUGUCUGUCUGUUUGUUUUUGGGGAGAGCCGGAGCAGUGGAGACCAGGAGAGCCCGGGUCCAAGCUUUUCACCUCUCUCUCCCCGCAGCACAGGGGAGAUGCUGGAAACGGCGGUGAAUUCGCAGCGCCCGGGAAGAGCGGCGAGAAGCGUGUAAACUCCGGCGGUGCCCAGCGGCAGCCGCCGCGCCGCGACCCUCCGCCGGCCCCUCCUCGCCCCGCACGCCGCCGGCCUCGCCGCCCCUCGCUGCCGCCGGAGGAGGCUGCCCACCCCAGCGGCCCAGGAUGCAGUUUCGCCUCUUCUCCUUUGCCUUGAUCAUCCUGAACUGCAUGGAUUACGGCCACUGCCAGCCCGGCCGCUGGAGACGCAGCAAAAGAGCUAACUAUGGACCAAAUCCAAUUUGCAAAGGUUGCUUAUCUUGUUCAAAGGAUAAUGGGUGCAUCAGAUGCCAGCACAAGCUAUUCUUCUUCCUGCGAAGAGAAGGGAUGCGACAGUACGGGGAAUGCCUGCACUCCUGCCCGUCGGGCUACUACGGACUGAGAACGCCAGACAUGAACAGAUGCUCAAGAUGCAGAAUAGAGAACUGCGACUCCUGCUUUAGCAGAGACUUUUGUACCAAAUGCAAAACUGGCUUUUACUCGCACAGAGGCCGCUGCUUUCGAGGAUGUCCUGCUGGAUUUGCAGCCUUGGAAGAGCUUAUGGAAUGUGUGGAGGGCUGUGAAGUGGGUCAAUGGAGUGAGUGGGGAACUUGCAGCAGAAAUAACAAAACAUGUGGAUUUAAGUGGGGCCUGGAAACGAGAACAAGGCAAAUUGUGAAGAAGCCAGCAAAAGACACGAUACCAUGUCCAACCAUUGCAGAAUCCAGACGGUGUAAAAUGGCCAUGAGGCAUUGUCCAGGAGGGAGAAGGCCAGCAAAAACGAAGGACAAAAAAAAGAAGAAAAAGAACUUGAUGGAAAGGGCUCAGAAGCAGCACAGCAUCUUUUUAGCAACAGAUAAAACAAGCCAGUAAAGACUUGAUUUUCCUUAAUGUAUUUUUUUUGCAAAGUGCACAAAAGCUGCUAUAUGCUCCUGCCCAUGGAUGCACUACAAUUCAGCUGCUUUGACAGUAUUGGUGGCAAAUAACUUGUGAAAAUAAAGUCCACAAGCUUGUUUGUUGUAUUUAUAUAUUUUUUAUUUUGUUUUUUCCUCUCUUUUUUGACCUGAAGACUUCAAUGUCAGGAGUGCACUGAGUUGGAUCAGUGGAAGUGGUCCUGAAGUGCAUCAGCAAUAUUGUUCUGAGUGCCUGGUCAACAUGUUGACAAGGAAAGAAACCUACACAGCACCAGUAGGUGGACUUGUGCAUAUUUAAAUAAACAGGGGGAAAAGGAAAUCUUGGAGGUGUGGGUACAAUUGGAUUUAUGGCCUUUGUUUCCUAUAUUCGUACAUUUCAAGAGUAAAUGGAUGUGACUUACCUACUUAGUGGUAAUGUACAUCGUUCUCACACCUGCUAUGUCGACAUAGUUGUGUAAUAAAACUGCUUUAAGACAGCGUGCUGCAGGAUUCACUGCUCAGACUCACCCAAGCACAACAGACUGUGUGUACAUAUUACUCUGUCUACAUAUAAAUGAACAUAUUUACUGUACAUCUAUGCAUUUUUAUGUAUAAUACUUUAUACAUGUUUAAAGGUAUGUCCUGUUGGUUCUAGUAAUGUACUUUAAAUAAUCCAGUAAAUGUUUACUUUUUGCUAUGUUUUAACUAUCUUCUCAUGUUCCUCAAUAGUUACAAACGGGAUUUUUUUUUUCUCAGUUGCAAAGCACACUCAUUUGCAGAGCUACCUUGCACUGACCCUCACAAUGGAGUGUCAGCUCUGAAGUAUAAUUGCCAGACUAGUAAUCCACAAAUUCUUUCUGCUAUUCAGUACUUCUCUUUCAGCCCCCUUGUAUUUUGUCUCAGAAAAAGAAGGUUAAUUAAAAGAAGGUUUUUUUAAAAGAAGGUUUUUUAAGAUGGGACAAGAUGAUGAUAGAAGUUUUGAGCAUCAGGAGAGAAACUACUUGUAAAGUUCUUGGUAUCUAAGACUGUAUGUGUAGUUUGGGAUAUUUUUGUUUGGUUGUUUUUUUUGGU